AAUUAUAGAUGUAAUCCCCGAUUACUAUUCCAAGAUUAAAGAGAAUUUAUUAUUAUUAACUAAAUCUAAAGAGACUAAAGUAGUAUUCAUACAAAGCAUAUCUACCAAUACUUCUCCUUUCGGUUCAAUAUUAUUAUCACAAGAGAUUCUUGACAAUCAUCAACAAAUAUCAAAUUCUAAAAAGUUGAAAUUUGCAGGUUUACCAGAAGGCUUGACAGGCUUGACAAAAUUUCCAGUUCAUAUAAUUAAUAUAGCAACAACCUCCAAAUGCUCAGAAGAACAAUGA